AUGCAACAACUCGCUUCGAUUGGACGGUGGCUAAACAUCUAUCUUGGCUCGUUUAUGCUCAUUAUUGGCCUUUUAGGCUCAUUAAUUAAUCUAUGGCUCUUCACUCGGCAUCGUUAUCGAAAAAGUCCAUGUUCUCGAUUUAUUCUUACAUCCAGCAUAUUCGAUAUGCUUCAUUUAAUAGUAGCACUCUUUCUUCGUGUGUUAGCCGAAGGAUUUGAUACUGAUCCCGCAUCAUGGUCAACUGCUGGCUGUCGCAUUCGUUAUUAUUUAAUCACGUUUUCUGCUUACACUGCACUUGGCUGUCGGUGUUUGGCCGUUUUCGAUCGUUAUGCGUGUACUUCACGUUCAAUUAGUUUUCGUCAAUGGAGUUCUUUUAAAAUGGCCUAUCGUUUUAUAGCCAUCAAUAUUCUUAUUUGGGCAUGUUUUUCACUUCCCAAUUUUCUCUUUUUCAACCUUGUGCCCAUGGGCACACCGCUUCGUCUUGUUUGCUACAUAUGGAAGCAAGAAUACUACAAUUAUUUUGCUUAUUUUGUCAAUCCUGUUCUCUAUUUUGCACUGCCGUUGGUUAUAUUCAUAUUGUUUACCAUUCUCACACAAAACAAUCUACGAAUGAUGAAAAAGUCCAAUCGAAUCAAACGUCUCGAACGUCAGAUGACAUCAAUGAUUAUUUUACAAGCAAUCUCAAAUUCUGUGUCGUCCAUUCCAUACGGUGUUCAAUUCGCUUAUUCUGUUAUCUCGCAUAACGCAAAAAAAGAUGCAUAUCGUCUGGCUCAAGAACAUUUAUUUUUACAAAUCACUCGUCUAUCGUACUACAUUAAUUUCAUAACAGCGUUCUAUAUUUAUUACAUCUCAUCACAGCAAAUUCGAGCUACGAUUAAACGUCAUCUAAAAUUCAAAGAAGUUUCCAGAACGAAAGAACACACAUCUUUGUUAAACCUUUCCAAAGAGUGA